UCAUAGGUCGUCUCUACAUCCACGAACGUACUGUAUUCGCAAGCAGAAAACAUGCUUCAAGUAGUAGCAUAUGUUUGCUGCGUCUGUUAGCUAGUUAUGUGAAUUAGUUACUGUAGACUCUCAGUAUACUAUAAACUGUCUGCCAGUGCUUGCGAAAACAUGAAAUAGUUAUGAUUUAUGAAAGCUAAAUUCAAUUUAAUAAUAGCUACAGUAUAGCUGGCUAGCUAAUGCUCGCUAUAUCCAGAUAGCUACCAGCUAAUCUAGGCUACCUCGCAUACAGUAGCUUCUAUGUAAGCUGGCUAGCUAACACCAGUAGUUUGUUUGUGGUGUCCAGUUAGUUGUUGCCAUGUGGGUUUUUGGAUACGGUUCUCUAAUAUGGAAAGUUGAUUUUCCUUAUGAGGAGAAACGUGUGGGCUACAUCAAAGGUUUCAGUCGCCGGUUCUGGCAGGGCAGCACCGAUCACCGUGGAGUACCUGGAAAGCCUGGACGGGUCGUCACCCUUGUGGAAGAGGCUGAGGGGUGUGUGUGGGGUGUGGCGUACAAACUGCCAACAGGGAGAGAGGAAGAAGUGAAGCGUUACCUCGACUACCGGGAGAAGGGUGGUUACCGGGUCAUCACUGUGACCUUCCACCCCCGGCCACCCCUCACCCCGCCCCCUGGUGAAGCGCUGCUCUACAUCGGCUCCCAUGACAACCCAGACUACCUAGGCCCCGCCCCGCUGGAGCACAUAGCCAAUCAGAUUGUGGACGCGGUAGGGCCAAGUGGACGGAACACUGAGUACCUGUUCCAAUUGGCUGAGGCUUUGAGGACGAUCCUGCCUGAGGACUCGGACUCACAUCUAUUCUCCUUGGAGACUCUGGUCAGAGACAGACUACAAGGAGCUCAGUAACACACGCACAGACUGGUACAGAGCCUAAAGAGGACAGCCAGUAUGUUUUGACUUCACAUAACUUUCUGUCUUCAUGGUAACAGGGCAGGGCUGUGUUGUCUGUAUAUUGUACCAGUGCUUAAGUUGUGCCGGAUCCUGCCAGAACAGGAGACCUCUCUGGUUUUGAAUGUCUGUGUUCCGGUACCUAUUUGCGGCAAUCCGGUACCUCAUGUGGUAAAUUACGCAUGGCGAUGUGCUCAUUUGCGUGUUGUUCAGAGUCAUUUAAACUAUUUUAACUUAUUGCCAUAACAUUUGUAUAAUGCAAAUUAUUAAUAGGUGGGGAUUUGUGUAGCUUACAUAGCAGGUUGUUUUCAGCACUGUGUUGCCCAAAGAAAUCUCACCAGAAGUCGCUAUUGGCUCUCUGAAAAGUAGCUUAAAGUUGCUAGAUGAAUAUGUAAAUUCAAACCAAGGUGUGGGGGUGGGGGUAACUUAACAUGACUGUUGGCUAUGACAACAUGGAGGGACAGUUACAGUUAUAUUGCUGCUGCUCAACGACAAAAGAUAGAUUUUCAAAGUAGCUAAAUUGUCAACACUACGCGUUCUGGAACCCAUGCCUGCCCCUCCGCUCUCCUAUGCACUUUGCGUUCUGGCACUUUCCGAUUUACAAAUUAAGCAUAACAAACACCUGUCUGUACUAGCUGCUGGCAGUCUACAGUUAAUCAAGACAUUUCAAUGUAGCCAUAAAUAGUAUACGUAUAAUACAAUACUUGUCCUUGAAAUGCAAAAUGUGAUAGCAUCUAGCAUUAUACAGGAUAUGAUGUAAGACAUGCCGUCCGUGCUGGAGCAGUAUGUGUCGCUGGGCAGUGUGGUCCUCACUGUUGGUUUGGAAUGUUUGAUUGGAUGGAAAGACACAAGGCUGCAGUAACCUGAAGUGUGUACUGUGAGUUGGUUGUAAAUCAGAUCAGUAACACUGGGAAGAGCCCUCAGAUCUGAGUGUUCAUCCCUUUAUGGCCGCUGUAAAUUGAUAAAUGAGGUGGACUGCUGGGUAGUGAUGAGGCACUGUUGACAGUCUAUACCCAUAUGAAGUAUUACCUGUGCAAUUUGAGCUUUUACUAUUGAUUUCUGUGUUAACCGGAGGGCACAUUUAAAGAGCUGGUAUUUAUACCUGCCACAUGCAGGUUUUGUUGAUGCCUUGUCUGCACACUUGGUUCCUCUAAAUAAAAACACACU